AUGUCUCAAACCGCUGAGCCGACAAAUCAAGACAGGGAAAUGAAUACAUCAAAUGCGCCCCAGCCCGCUGCAUCCGUUGCUUUCCCAGAGCCGCAGCACUGGGCACGGAUGGGUGAGACGGCCGAGGCGAACAACGACGAGCUUGACAUUGCCGAGGAGUCUGACGGUGAUUCAACUUCAGCGUCUAUCACCUCCAGUAUCGUCGAGUAUCGAACCAUUCAUGGACGCACUUAUCAUAGUGAGCAGGGGAAUGCUCAAUAUUGGGGAUCAAACGACGAGCAACAAAAAGAUUUGAUGGACCUUACCCAUCAUAUCCUCACACUUGGGCUAGGCGAUAAGCUCCACCUGGCUCCUCUAGUAAAGGACGAUGUCAAAAAAGUAAUUGAUAUCGGGACUGGAACAGGCAUAUGGGCUAUUGACUUUGCCGAUCAGUAUCCCAAAGCCGAUAUCACUGGAACCGAUCUGUCACCAAUCCAGCCUUCUUGGAUCCCACCCAACCUUCAAUUCAUAAUCGAGGACUGUACACGCGAAUGGACCUUCAAGUCUGGCUCUGCCGACUACAUCCACGCCAGAUGGUUAAUGGGGAGUAUUGGGAAUUGGGACUCCUUCUUCGCCGAGGCAUUUAGGGUGUCCAAACCUGGAGGCUGGGUAGAGAGCCAUGAAGCUGCGUCUACUAUCAGCAGUGAUGACAACACAGUCCCAGCUGAUUCAGCUAUGGGCCACUGGGGCAAGUUUUUCAUUGAAGGUAGUAAGAAGAUUGGAACGAGCUUCACAGUAGUCGAGGACGGUACACAGAGAAAAGCUAUGGAAAAGGCAGGAUUCAUCAACAUCCAGGACUUCGACUUUAGAAACCCGAUUGGCAACUGGCCCGAUGACCCCAUUGAAAAGCAGAUGGGUUCCUAUACUAAGCACGGUCUUGAGACUGAUAGCGAGGGCUUCGUUCUGUUCAUGGCUCAUACUCUGGGUUGGAGUAGGGAGGACAUCCUUGCCUAUCUUGGGCAAUUCAGACGCGAAAUUCGGUCUGGUAAAUAUCAUGGAUAUUUCGCGCAAAAGGUCGUCUGGGGUCAGAAGCCUAGUCAAUGA